AUGCACUUUACGGAAGAAGCGUUGGACGAACUGACCAUUUCUCUUAGAGAGGAAAAAAACAGACAUGCUGUUCCAAGGUCGACAAUUGCCGACAUAAAUACGUUUCUUGAGAAGAAGAUGCCCUGUUGUUCUGUUGAAGAUUACACCAUUUGUUCUCUAGCGUACAAAACCAUGGCUAACUAUGUUGCCGAUGUUCCGGAGAAUGCAAGGUUUGUUUUUGACCUGAUAAAGGAAAACAUUCCGGUUAUUCCUAAUGAAACACAAGCCUCGUGCUCAAAAAUAGAUUUAUCUACCUUGAAUUUUUUCAUUCAGGUGCAAUUGAUCCUCCUGAACAACAUCUUUACCACAACUAAAGAAAUGAUGACAAAGGACACCUGUUGUCUGAUUGUUGAGAAGCUGUUCAGACUGGUGAGUUUCUGUGAAACACAUAUGAUCGACAUAGAUGGAUAUUUAAUAAUUGAGAUACUAGAUGAGUGUCAACCUAUUAUAAAGGAGAUUGAAAUUAGGCAGUUUUUACUACUAAGAGACUUCUGUUUGAUGUUAAGUGCAAAGGCGAGGUCGGAAGAUGAUGCAGAUUUGUCACAAAGUGCUGCCAAUGUUUGUAUCAAAUACUCGCUAUCUUUAGACUGUUCCACUAUUACCAAUGGGGAAAAGGAAGCUAUUUUUUUCAAGUUGUACGGCGAAUUGUCAGAUAAAGUCGAUGAGCAGAUCUUACUCAAUAUCGUGUAUGAGUUUAGAAUCUGUACGGAUGCCUUUUUGGACAAUUUGAUAUCUCUUUUCUUUGAUCCAAAUACCAAGAGAUUGAAAAUUGAGAAGUUUGUACCAAUGUCAUUACUACUGUUGUCAAAUGAGAUUAUAUCAGAGGAAAAAAUGGAUGGUCUCUUGUCUAAAAUAUCGCUCGAUGAUUUAGUCUCAUUCUAUUUCAACAAGGUGUAUCCAAAUCUACAACCGAAACAUCCCUUUGAGUUGCAAAGCAUUGCGUUGUUUAACAAAAUACCUAUAAAGAAACUCAGAAUUCCUCGCGAGCCUCUGGUACAUUUUCUAAAUAAGUUGAGUACGUUAAUAAAUCCAACAUUGUUACAGGUAUACAAAGAUGUCAUAGUUUUGCAAUUAUCGUUUUUGGGGAAGAUUCUAGCCUCUGAUGAGAUUAAAAAUGAGAAGGUUUUGAUUCUUAAGUUUCUGGAAGAUUUGAAGCUAUCAAACGAGUUUAAAGAUUUUCCCAAUGACUUCAAAUUUAUCUUGAACCAAAUUGACUUCCCAUUACUUUAUAGAUCGAAAGACCGUCCUUUAGAUUCUGAACUCACAUCGUUUUUGAAAAUGACAAUAGGUGAAGCCAAUACUCUUUUGAGCGGGUCGCUAAAGGAAAAAAUGUCAAUUCCAAUGUCAUAUAUGCUAGAAUUGAGUAAGGUCUUUGGAUUCUAUGCGCUCAAGUUCAAGAAUGUAACGUGGUUUAAAGAGUGUUUUUCUACCUUCGAGACUGUAUUCCAAGAUGUUGAAGCCCAAAUGAAGUCACUACAGGGAAACGAAAAAUCAUCGUGGAGCAUAUUGGAUAAUAACUUACAUUAUACUAGAGCUAUAAUCAACAACAGCUGA